AUGUGGACCGCACUUUCAGCGAAAGCAGCUGCUCAAUUGGACCGAGAACUCAUGUCUACUGGAGCAUUUUCCAUUGACCAAUUAAUGGAGUUGGCAGGAUUGGCCGUAGCAAAAGCCAUUUACAAACAGUAUCCUCCAGUAGCAGGAAACAAGAAUGAUGUAGUGUUCUUGAUUGGUCCCGGGAAUAAUGGGGGUGAUGGACUAGUUGCUGCUCGUCAUUUGAAACUUUGGGGUGGAUAUGAACCAAUUUUAUAUUACCCUAAACGGGUGACUUCCAAUCAACUUUAUACAAACUUAUUGGUUCAAUUACAAGACUUGAAGAUUAGUCAAAUUGGCGAAUCAGAAAUCAAAACCGUAUUAAACCUGGAGUCUACAAAGCUUAUUGUGGACGCUCUAUUUGGGUUCUCCUUUAAACCUCCUAUAAGACCUCCGUUCAAUGAAUUGAUUGAGUUCCUUUCAACGAACAAAUCAACGUUAUCACCAAUUGUGUCUGUUGAUAUUCCCUCUGGUUGGGAUGUGGACAACGGUCCAGUAGGAGAUCAUGUGAUCGUUCCAGAUACGUUGGUGAGUCUUACUGCCCCUAAACCGUGUGCUAAGUUUUUGGGCGAGAAACCUCAUUAUUUGGGUGGGAGGUUUAUUAAUGAGAAUAUAGCUGAGAAGUACCAAAUCGAGGACUUGAUCAAGCUAUAUAAGAAUGAUGAUUUGAUUGUUAAGUUAUAG